AUGCGGCCUCCGACCCGCACCUUACCGACACACGGCCACCUCCGACCCGUGCCUCACCGACACACGGCCGCCUCCGACCCGCGCCUUACCGACACACGGCCACCUCCGACCCGCACCUUACCGACACACGGCCACCUCCGACCCGCGCCUUACCGACACACCGCCGCCUCCGACCUGCGCCUUACCGACACACGGCCGCCUCCGACCCGCACCUUACCGACACACCGCCGCCUCCGACACGUGCCAUACCGACACACGGCCGCUUCCGACCCGCGCCUUACCGACACACGGCCACCUCCGACCCGUGCCUCACCGACACACGGCCGCCUCCGACCCGCGCCUUACCGACACACGGCCGCCUCCGACCCGCACCUUACCGACACACGGCCGCCUCCGACCCGUGCCUUACCGACACACGGCUGCCUCCAACCCGUGCCUUACCGACACACGGCCUCCUCCGACCCGCGCCUUACCGACACACGGCUGCCUCCGACCCGCGCCUUACCGACACACGGCCGCCUCCGACCCGUGCCUUACCGACACACGGCUGCCUCCAACCCGUGCCUUACCGACACACGGCUGCCUCCGACCCGUGCCUUACUGACACACGGCCGCCUCCGACCCGCGCCUUACCGACACACGGCUGCCUCCGACCCGUGCCUUACCGACACACGGCUGCCUCCGACCCGCGCCUUACCGACACACGGCCGCCUCGGACCCGCGCCUUACCGACACACGGCUGCCUCCUACCCGCGCCUUCCUGACACACGGCCGCCUCUGACCCGGCCGCCUCACACCUGCGCCUUACCGACACACGGCCGCCUCCGACCCGCGCCUUACCGACACACGGCCGCCUCCGACCCGCGCCUUACCGACACACGGCUGCCUCCGACCCGCGCCUUACAGACACACGGCCGCCUCCGACCCGCGCCUUACCGACACACGGCCGCCUCACACCUGCGCCUUACCGACACACGGCCGCCUCCGACCCGCGCCUUACCGACACACGGCUGCCUCACACCUGCGCCUUACCGACACACGGCCGCCUCCGACCCGCGCCUUACCGACACACGGCCGCCUCCGACCCGCGCCUUACCGACACAUGCUGCCUCCGACCCGCGCCUUACCGACACAGGGUCGCCUCACACCUGCGCCUUACCGACACACGGCCGCCUCCGACCCGCGCCUUACCGACACACGGCUGCCUCACACCUGCGCCUUACCGACACACGGCCGCCUCCGACCCGCGCCUUACCGACACACGGCCGCCUCCGACCCGCGCCUUACCGACACACGGCUGCCUCCGACCCGCGCCUUACCGACACACGGCCGCCUCACACCUGCGCCUUACCGACACACGGCCGCCUCCGACCCGCGCCUUACCGACACACGGCCGCCUCCGACCCGCGCCUUACCGACACACGGCUGUGGUCAGCCUGGUCUCCCGAGGUGCAUCCGCCGCUCUAUAAAGAGAAGGGGUGUCAAACUCAGGUAUAA